AUGGGAGAGCCUGAAGACAGUGAUCAUGAGCAGCUUGAUGGAUUUCCACGUGCCUGUAUUUUUCCAGUGUUACUUAAAAUAACUGGGCGCUACGUGGCGGCUGUAGGAAAGGAGCACGUGAGCUCCAUUGUACAAGACAUUAUCCAGCUGAAGCUGGCUUGCUGCUUUUCUGUGUGUUCAGUUCCCUACAUCUGGAUAAUUCUUGCUUCCGUUGCAGGUGUCUUCAUCGUUGCAGCGAAGCGAACUCCUUUUGGGACCUAUGGAGGUUCCCUCAAGGGCUUCACGGCCACUGAUCUUACAGAACAUGCUGCUCGAGCGGCGCUGGCUGCUGGCAAGAUCUCUCCUGAGGUCAUCGACAGCGUCGUCGUUGGCAAUGUCAUGCAGAGUGCCGCGGAUGGCAUUUAUAUUGCCAGACAUGUCGGUUUACGUGUGGGAGUUCCUGUUCCAGUUCCAGCCCUCACUGUCAACAGACUCUGUGGCUCUGGUUUCCAAUCCAUUGCCACUGGAUGUCAGGAAAUUUGCCUUAAUGAUUCAGAAGUUGUUCUCUGUGGCGGAGCUGAAAAUAUGAGCCAGGCUCCUUAUGCAGUUCGGAACAUUCGCUUUGGAACCAGGCUAGGAGCAGAACUCAAGCUGGAAGACACGUUGUGGGAAGGUCUCACGGAUACGCAUGUUAAAAUACCGAUGGCGGUUACAGCUGAAAACCUGGCUGCAAAGUACAACAUCACACGAGAGGACUGCGACCGAUACGCGUUCAAAACGCAACAGAGAUGCAAAGCUGCUCAAGAUGCUGGUUACUUUAAUGCUGAGAUGGCGCCAAUUGAAGUAAAGACGAAAAAGGGAAAAGAAAGUAUGCAAAAGGAUGAGCACCCAAAACCCCAGACCACUCUGGAACAACUGGCAAAGCUCCAGCCUGUCUUUAAAAAGGAUGGAACAGUCACUGCUGGGAAUGCUUCAGGGGUGUGUGAUGGAGCUGGUGCAGUCAUCAUUGCCAGUGAAUCGGCGCUUAAAAAGCACAGUCUUACUCCUCUGGCACGAAUAGUAGCGUAUCACUCCUCCGGCUGUGACCCUUCCAUAAUGGGCAUUGGUCCUGUACCUGCAAUUACCGAGGUUCUGAAGAAAGCAGGCUUGACCUUGAAGGACAUGGAUUUGGUAGAGGUGAAUGAGGCGUUUGCACCUCAGUAUCUAGCUGUCGAAAAGGUUCUGGGCCUUGACCCUGAGAAAACCAACGUCAACGGAGGUGCCAUUGCUAUAGGUCAUCCUUUGGGUGCUUCAGGAGCGCGGAUCACAGCUCACCUGGUUCAUGAAUUGCGGCGUCGUGGUGGGAAAUACGCAGUUGGGUCAGCUUGCAUCGGCGGUGGACAAGGUAUUGCCCUUAUCAUUGAGAACACGGCCUGAGAGAUGCUGGAAACCUCGGUGUUGUCCAAAUUACCAGUUCCCUG